AUGAUUAAAGGCCGAGAACACAUGAGCUGUGAGGGAAGAUUGAAAAACCUGGGUUUGUUCACGCUGGAGAAGAGAAGCGUGAGGAAGGGACAGAAGAGUCUUAGCACACUCGCCCUCAAACAAAUCCAUUAUUUGCUAAGUAACGAGGGGGGCUGAUGCAGAGCCCAUGCAGGGGGCUCCGGGAGACACUUCUUCCCCAGCCGGGAGAGGCACCUGAUGCUGGCACUAGGGAGCCUUGUGGCCUGGGCCUUGGCUUUAGCCCUUCUCUGCCUCCUAGCCAGGGAGCUCUGGGGGCGAGGCCGGGAGCCGGCGGGUGCAGGCGAGGAAGAAGAUGGGGACGAUGUCAUUAGGGAGGAGGGGCCCGGGGCAGGGCACUGCAGGCUCAUCUGCAAACCCUCGGCCCUGGCCCAGAGCCUGCUGAGGAGCCUACAGCGGGGCGCUGCCCUGCAGAGCGGGCGCUGGCUGUGGAGGACCUGGCCUCAGCUCCAGACCAUGUUCCAGCUCCUCUUCCCCGCUGCCCACCAGCCGGAGCUGGCCCGGGAGCUCCUGCAGCUGGCCGAUGGGGGCCUGGUCGCCCUGGACUGGGUCCUGGGGCCCCGUGGUGCCGGCAAGCGGAGUAGAGCGACCACUGCCUUUGGCACCGCCCCGGUGCUGCUUGUCCUCCCCAAUGCCUCCGGCAAGGUCACCAGGGGCGUCCUGCACCUCUGCCUGCUGGCCCUGGAGCAGGGCUACAAGCCAGUCAUCUUCAACCGGAGGGGGCACAACGGCAGCCCGCUUGCCAGCCUGAAGCUGCAGGCCUUCGGGGACCCAGGCGACCUCAAGGAGGCGGUGACAUACAUCCGUGUGCGGCAGCCAGGUUCCUCGCUCUGUGCCGUGAGUGAGGGCUCGGGCUCCGGCCUGCUCCUCUCCUACCUGGGGGAGUGCGGCUCCUCCAGCUACCUGGCUGCAGCAGCUUGCAUCUCGCCCGUGUUCAGGUGCCAGGAGUGGUUGGAGACCGGGUGCCCCUGGCUGUAUGAGUGGAGUCUGCUCCUGCACCAGAAACGAGGCCUCAGCAGGUAUGCCACCGCGCUGGCAGAGGCGGUGGAGACGGGCAGGCUGUUCAGGAGCUGCUCACUCCGGGAAUUCGAGGAAACCCUCUUCUGCCAGACCAAGAAGCACCCCGUCACCUGGGAUGCUUACUGGGAUCGCAACGAGCCCCUCCGGGAUGCGGACGAGGCAGCCGUCCCAGUGCUGUGCAUCUGCAGCGCCGACGACCCCGUCCGGGGACCUCCGGCCAGCACUCUCCCCAUGGAGCUCUUCCACAGCAGCCCCUAUUUCUUCCUGCUGCUGACGCCGCACGGCGGGCACUGCGGCUUCCUGAGGGAGGGACCCUGCUCCUGGAGCCACGGGAUGACACUGGAGUACUUCAUGGCCGUCGCGGAGUUCUUCCGGGCGGAGGAGAGGCUGAAGGGGCUGCACCGGUGCAGGAGGGGUGUCCUGCAGAAGAGAGAGGCUUCCUCCGCUGCCUGCCACCUCCAGGAGAUCUUCAGCUGGCAGAGGUCCUACACCAGGUAGCGCCGGGCAGGUGCUGCGACUAGCACCUCUGCAUAGCGUCCCUGGGAGAGGCUGUCCAAGCGCCAUGCAGCGCUGUACAGUCACCCCCCCGUUGCACAGCCUUCCCCAGCCCUCUUGCGCGCUCACACCAGGAUGGCAGGCGCUGCACACAAAGGCCCUACCGUCCCCUCCCCACAGGAGCAGACCGUCGAAAGCCCACGGGGCUGACAUGACUGGUGUGUUCCCACCACAUUGGAAAUGGCCCAGGCUGCGCACUCUCAGGGCUGGGCACGGCUAACUGAUCCUCCCCUUCUGCCUAUGAAACUCCAGGAGCACACACACUUCCCAGUGACCAGCCUGAAUGUGCUGGGGUGGGAAAGUGCCCCCGCGUCAAAGCAAUCUCAUUGUGCCCCUACCGCGGGAGGGCGCCGUGCUGCUGAAGGAACAGCAUUCAGGGGAGAUGUGAAGCCCACACCCUGAUCCUCAGGCGCUCUCCUCCUCUCCUCACCUUUCAAAACCUGCAGCAGACGCUCCAUGUACUAAAAUUACUUUAUUACAGUUGAUUUUUUAACAUUUCCUUUGCUCUGUUACAAAGGAUACUUACAAACAAAAUAUUACAUACGACCUUAUUUUCUCUUCUCUUAUUUUCUGACAACUCGGUAACAGCUUUAAAUGCACAAUCUAUACAAUUAAUACAGGUUAUAUAUGAGCGCUAAUGUAUGGUGAACCGGAAGGAUACCGGAAUACUGACAAUAUACUGUACAAGAAGCCUUAUCAGUUAGUGCUUGUGGCCUUUUCUACCAAAAGGAAAAUGCACACCUGUAGACUCACCCAUCCCAGCGGGUGCAAACAGACACACCCUGUUUUAACCCUUGGUGAUCCAUCCCUGUAGGAAUUGGGCCUGGAAGUCUCAGGCCUCUGUUCAGUAUAAUGGUGUGCGCAGCACCACCUACGAUAAAGUGAUGCCCGGCUCCUGGCCUUGCUUUGUUAAAGCCGUGUUUACACCUCCACUCCCGAUGCCCCAGAAUGAACGAGCCCUCUACUGGCCAAGGACAGAGGCUGGGGCCUUGGGGAAGAGUUCUUGGUCACGAGCUGAAGGUUGUUAGGGAAAUGGGGGGGGGGGGGUGAGGGAGGAGGGGAGCAAACACAUUAAUUGGUGUGUGUGAGCAUCCCUCUUCCCACUCACACGUUAGCAGGCACACAGCAAGGGGUGUAACAAUGACCCCACAGGUGAUAGCCGAGAGGGACACAGUUAUUUUAACUCCCACUACCAUUGUGGGAACCUGGCUACCCGCUGCAGCCCUCAAGCCAGCAGAGCUCCCACCGCAGGUCAUGGCAGCUGUGCCUGUGUCAGGGCUGUGGCGAGAACACGUGGGACUUAGGGGAGCUUUGCAGCUAUCUAGUUAAAGCCAAGCUUUGCCUUCGUUUUGCAACCAAAGGCAGGUUUGUGCUGCUACAGGUGUGCACUUGCCCUCCUCCCCGUGCGCUGCCUAGGACUGAUAAGGUGACAUUUUCAUUUUCUUUUAAAGCAACUGACAGUGGAGCAUUUUAGAUGACUGGCAAAAGACCAGGCAUUCCCCCGGAAGCUGCAAACGGAAAAUACACCCCCCCAGGUUCACCCAAAAAGUGUGGAGGAAGAAUAUCCGAGAAAGUAAAAAUGCCAGGUUCAAGUUAAAAUUUCUUUUAGUUUACACAAUACUUGUGCAAACAACCAAACAGACGCAUGCUGGAAAUCAUGAAAACAAAAGAAAAAUUGAUAUACAAAAUUAAACAUAUAAAUAAGAUGUCUGGCUGACUGGUAGAAGAAUAAAUCAUUCUGGGUUACAAAAAGAUUAUACAUUCAAGACGCUCCGAACCCAGUGGGAUAACUUAUGUUAAAUUUGUUAAUAGUUAUGUUAGAAUUCUCAAGUUUAUCUUUAAAGUCUUCACAAUACAAGCAAGCUAUUUUUAAAAAUAUACACUAUACACACCUCACACAGCCUUCUCCUACCUUCUUAAUGCAAGUUGUGCUACCUCUCUUGUGCACGAAACCAAGGGGGCUCUGACAGCUAAAGUCCUCCUGGCAAUCUGGCAUUUUCAUAACUGUUCGCCUUAAGUUUUAAAUGGGUUAACGAUUUCCAUGGAAUAACAUAAAUAGGAAUUUUAGCAACCCAAGUGUUAAUAAAAACUUCAGCAUUUACAAUUUUCAAGUCGGUAUAGCGUUUUGUUAAUGUAGUAUGCACUAUAUUUGAUUUUUCGUGUUAAUUUAUUUACAUCAGACCCACCCCCCAUUUCAGUUGGUUUGGUCAGAUAAAGUAUCCCUCUUCUAAGCAAGCUGGGGUGAGAGCUGAGAGGGAUUAGGAGAAAAAGGAAGGUUGAAGAAAGGAAGCAGGUGGUUUUGACUGCCAGAAACCACACCCACCAUCCACGCCUCUCCAUCUCUGCAUUUCCUCCCUUCCUUGAUCCUGUCAGUGUCUUGAAGAUUUCACAUCCCAACAGCCUCCAGGGAAACUUAAACAUCUUCCAAUGACUGGUCUCUCUAGUGGUCAUGAAACCCUCUUUUCUUGUAGACCUCUAGCUCUCAGAGCUAUUCCAGGGUUGCAGAUUUGCCUACGCCAUGAGAUACUCAGUGAAGGUGGGACAAGUGAGGUGUGUGAGAUUAUUUCAUUCAUAUGCAAUCCAAGGGAAAAGACUCCCUAAUUUAGUAAUGAGUGUUGAAAACAAAAACUACAAUGCAAGCCAGCUGUAGCCUACAUCUCAGCCACAUAAGCAUCUGCAAGCAGGGCAGUGGGAGUACACCCACCAGUCUGCAAGGAGAGCCUGCUCGAUAGCAGAAAACUGUCCCCCAUCUCUGCAUAUUCCAUUCCUUGACCACAUGCAAUUUCUAGGAGCACACACCAUGCCUUGGCUAUGCAUUUAGUCAAGGGAAACUUAAGCAAAUGACCAUUUCCAAUCAAGAAUUUGCCUCCAAUGCUUUCAGGUGGCCCUAAUCUAACACUGCUGCCAAGCCAUGCAAAAGCAGCGAUUACAUACUUCAGUUCAUUAACAACUGUGUGCUCAUUUCCAAACUCUGCUGAGCUCAGAGUUGCCAUAGAAAUGUGUUAUACUGGCACUAAAAGCAGGCAACGAGCUUCAUAAAAUUAAUUUCUUCUCCAAUGGUUUACGUGCUCUUUAGAUUAUCCUGACAUCAAAACAUGUUCAGGGGGUGGGGGGAAUAUGUAUUUUCUGUACAAUUCUGUAUGUAAGAGAAAAGGGUGCUGUUGAAAGGGAUAGUGAGAAAUUGGGCUUAGUUUAUGUGAGUUUCAGCCCCAGAAAAAGCUCCAAGCCAACACUUCUAUCCUUUGCACUGUCCACAUCACCGCACUUUGCAUUUAGACUGAAAGGGCAGAGGUUUUGCAUACACGCAUCUAAAACCCAGGGGACCCAACUUAAAUGGUGAAUAUAAAAGAUAUGGAUCAAUCAUGUUUUGUUAGUUCCAGAAGCAUUUCCACCUGGACAGCAAAUUAAGUCAUUAUUCCCCCUUAUCUCCCCCCGGCCCUUACAAUAUUUCAGCAUGAAUCCUUAGUGUCACACAGGCAAUUUAAGGGGUUAGAUGCAGGCUGGGCUACAGCUGGCAAUGACAGUAGCUCCUCUCUAGUUGGCACAUACUGUAUCUAUAAACUUUAGUACAAAAACUUAAAAAAUACAGGAACUAGGUCAAUUUGUUAACUACAUAUUUACAGAUAAUUACAAUAUUUUCACUCACAAUCAUUAAACCAAUUGCCAGUGAAAAUGCGAACGGUGCAUGUUCUGAGGUACCCGUACCGGGAGCGGUAAGUCAGGGGACAGGAGACACCCCUGAUUUUGUGCACAUUGUGUGGUGGUAACUCCCAUCUCUCGUUGGCAGACCACCUCCAGACCUCCAGGCUGAGCGUGUGUAUUCAGAGGGGCUAACCCUGGGUUUACUAGAUGGCAGAGAGGUGGGUAAAUGUACCUCCAAAAGCACAAGCAUUCAGAGGCCCACAGCUUGGGCCAGCUGCUUGUUUGCUGCUGCUGUAUGCGUUAUUUACCCAGCCCUCUCUAGCUGAGCCAGGCUUUCUUCCUCCAGCAUUUAGCCAAGGGCUGAGAAUGGGGUAUCCCAGGCAUGUGAGUGACUCUGACAGGCCCAACUGGCUGAGUUCUGUUACACAACAGGACUCAGGGUUAUCCGUGUCCGUCUCUCUUUUGGAGUAAUGUUUUAAUAAAACCAUUAAGUCAGCUGGCUUCUUCCCAGAUCUGACAGCCCCCUGCACCCCUAAGCACAGUCUCGCAAACACUUCUUCACUGGCUCCUACGGAAAUGAAUCCUGACAGUGCAAACUCAAAUGAACACAGCAAGACAUAUGUCAAUCCCAAGUUCUUGCUACAGGCACCAACCUUUCUUAAGGACACAAAACCCACUUCUAAGCUCACAAUCUGACUGGAGUCCAGGGGAGUGCGGGACUGGAACCGUCCCAUGGUUUUUAAACCAGGAGCAUGGACAGUUUUAAAAGAACAGACACUCCUGCUGACAGUUUAGGGAAGCCAAAAGCUUGUUGGAGACACUGAAAAAGAAAGGUUACAAACCUGCUUUCAAGGAACCACACUGCUGAGAGUAACUAUAACCCACAAGAACAGGUGUUUGGGGGCUUCCCUUUGGUAUGUACACACCACUGCCAUGAGCAUCCACACACACCAAGAGGAAGACACACCUUAUGCGUGGCAUGCUGUUAUGCUAGCGAGGUCUGAGACUGCAGGAACACCUCCCACUAACAAUGGAGAUGCCCUUCAUAUGUGCAACUCUGACCUGACACAUGCAUGAACAGACCACCUCUCCCCAAACUGCCAGAAGCCUCACUGCUAUCCAAGGGUGGGUGGAGUGGGGAGGAGAGAUGCCAGGACUCUGCAGAAGGUUUCCAGGCCUAGAACAUCAGGUUCUACGGGCUGUCUCUGUCCAGCUGUUACCCCAUCACUCAGAGGCCUGCAGUGUUACUUGGGCACACAGAACUGGCAUCAAGGAAGAAAAUGAUGUUGUUCCCAUCACACUGUCCACUGGUGGUGGGGAACCAGACUUAGAGACACAUGCCCAUGCUCUGGAAGGAAUGGGUGGGAAGAAGGAUAAAGAAUGGAGCUAAUAACAAGUAACUUCACAGUUUUAUCUUAUGUUUUGGCCUUAGCUUAAUGCACAUGGAACAACAACGAAGGUGCAGAGAGCAGUGUUUUUAGUUAGUGGCAGCUGAACCAGAAACGUAGAAGGUUAAUGAAGACUAUACGGGGUUUGUGAUCUUUUGAGAUGAACCACCCCUAGGGAUUCUGAGCUCAGCCUGUGGCGCAUUUCACUCUUAUGUACCGCUGCCUUUCCUCCCAGCACACUGACUCCAAGCAUACGUCGAACAGCACCAGCAGCUCUCCACGCCACCUCCACAGUGCUACGCAACCCUGCUUUCUGCGCUGCCUUCUAACUGUGCCGUACCCUUCAUGAGCGCUCGUCCCUCCUUUCACACGCCCGCAGCAGCUACAGAACCCUCCAACAGCCUGCAAAACACAGGGCAGGAUUUAAACCAGGGCUUGCCCACUCCAUUCAACCCUUGUGCACUUCUGCUCACAUCCUCCCCCUAACACAGCCCUGCUGAACAAACUGUCCUGUCAGCGUAUCAGCUGAGGGACUGCUAAGCGCCCUGACAGAAACGCACAGCAUGAGUUGCGUGCACACACAGAGAGUAUAUAAAUAUAUACAAAUGAGAUAGCAUUAGAUCUCUCUGCAGAGAGAUGUGCGUAUGUAACAGAGUAACAGUAGGUACUGAUAUAAUACAAUUUAUUUUCGCCAACGAAGAGUGGACAGGAUCAAGGUUUUGAGUUCAACAGGCCAUUCUCCCCUUUGUGAUAAUAAGCAGUAUUAUUCCAGUAUCCACCACCAUGUACUCUGUGCACUGGACUGACAAUGAACUGAGGAUGUACUGAAAGUACAGCAGCUCUAGUCUGCCCCAAGGCAGGACUUGUAGAUAAGAAAUGUCCACGGGGACUUCCCCGUUCAAUGCUUUGUUACUGCACGGUCCCGUGUUUGGUUUUCAUCCCCUUUGUAGUUUACAGGUUAGACUGAAUGCAGGUGAAAGUUCCAGUGUUGUGUCCAAGGAAUUAAGUGCACAACAUUCCAUGGGGAAGGGAGAGGUGGCCUCUAUUUUCCAGA